AUGGACGCAUCAACAACACCACCACCACCCGCCGCCUCGUCGUCCCGCACCUCGCCCACCGCGCUGCGGCCACUGCGCGCCCACAUCGGCUGCCUCGCCCGCGCAGACGGCAGCGCCACCUUCAGCUCCGGCCCGCUCGAGGUCGCCGCAUCCAUACUCGGCCCCACAGAGGUGCGCAUCCGCGACGAGCUCACCGACAGUGCCACCUUGGACAUCGUCCUACACCCGCUCUCGGGCGUCGCAGGCAUCCCAGCAAAGUCGAUGGCCGCAUCGCUCCACACCCUCUUCGCCUCGGUCCUCCUCCUCCACCACCACCCGCGCUCCAUGAUACAGCUCGUACUCCAGACCACCUCCUCCCCGCCCGCACCCGCCAUCACCGAUUCGGCGGCACGGGCGCGCAACCCGCUCCUCAUUGGCCCAGACACCCCUCCCUCGCCCUCGGAAAAGGCCUGCCUCAUCAACGCCGCAUCCCUCGCACUCCUCGACGCCGGCAUCGUCGCAAGGGGCACCGUCGCCGCCUGUUCCUGCGCAGUCCUAAGGCGCGAUCAGGGCACCGUCCUCCGCCAGGCCAGCGGGUCCGUCCUCGGCGACGCGCAGAUCAGAGCAAGGGCGAAUGAAUGGAGGACCGACAACGGCCUGCCACACGUCGACGACUUCAACGACCAGCAAGAUGCACAGCAGGACACCAUCGUCCUCCUCGACCCAACGCCCACCGAGCUCAACUACGCCCUCAGCACCCACGUCUUUGCCUUUAGCUUUUCCGGAUUCACGCACGACCCCUCGACGACGGCGCAAGAAGGAUCCCAGGACGGUGCGAGAGCCGGCGUUGACGCAGCGGCAGCAGCAGCGGCAGACCAGACGACGCUCGUCUCGGACCAGAUCUUCGCCGAGUCAAUCGGCAUCGUCAGCCUCGAGGACAGGCAAAGAGCGGCCGACCUGUGUCGGCAAGCUGCCAGGUCGACAGUGGCCUUUAUCCGCGGCGCCAUGGCCAAGCGCGUCACGGCCCAGGUGCACGCCUCGACCUAA